AUGAUGCACGAGAAACUCAAGUUUGGCAUCGACUCGAUCCUCGAUCCGUGCUUCGGGCGAAGUAAUCCGGAUCGGAAGCUGCUUCCCGAGAAAGUGCCGCUGGAUCUGCACAGCUCCAACACCACUAGCCCCAAUUCGUCGUUCGGCGCCAGUCCGCCAGCGCCAGUCAUUGAUAAUCGUGCCCUCUUCCCAGCUUGGGUCUUCUGCACACGAUAUUCUGAUCGCCCUUCAUCUGGUCCACGUUCUCGAAAACCACGAAAGCGUGAAGUAGCCGAAGAAGAAAAGCGACCUCGCACUGCAUUUACUCCUGGCCAGUUGGACCGACUAAAGAAACAAUUCCUCGAUAACAGAUAUCUGACCGAAAAGCGGCGGCAAGAACUUGCACAUGAACUUGGCCUCAACGAAUCCCAAAUCAAAAUAUGGUUCCAGAACAAACGAGCCAAACUAAAGAAAGCCACUACGGAGCGACCGCCACUCUCCUUGCAGCUGAUGGCACAUAGCCUCUACCAUCAGAAUGUUAUCAACCCAUAA